AUGAAGGCAGCGGUGAGUUUCACACGCUGUCACAGUCGUUUCCUCGAGAAUCUGUUUUGUGGAGUUUCACUGAAUUCAGUUCACGUGAAGAGAAUCAUGAUAAACGCCACCAUCGCUUCUUAUUUCACUCUGGCUGCUUAUGUGGACUCUGGCCUGUUGAGAUACUUGUUCUUCACGCUGGUCCUGUCCUUGUACUUGUUGAUCCUUUGUGCCAACACGUCUCUGAUUGUAGUUAUCUGUAUGAACAGAAGUCUCCAUGAACCUAUGUACGUGUUCCUGUGCAGCCUGUUUGUAAAUGAACUGUAUGGCAGCACAGGGUUGUUUCCUCUCCUCCUGCUCCAGAUUCUCUCAGACGUUCACACGGUUUCUCGUCCUCUCUGUUUCCUGCAGAUCUUCUGUCUUUAUUCUUACGCUUGUGUGGAAUUCUUUAAUUUAGCCGUGAUGUCUUAUGACCGAUACCUGGCCAUCUGUUGUCCUCUGCAGUACAACACACGUAUGACACAGAGAAAGAUCACACUGCUCAUUACUCUCACAUGGUUGUCGGCCUCUGUUGUGUGUUUUAUUCCAUUAACACUGACUGCCCGUUUGCAGCUGUGUGGAAACAUCAUCAACAAGGUUUACUGUGAUAAUUAUUAUAUCGUCAAACUGUCGUGUUCCGACACCUCCGUCAACAACAUCUACGGACUCGCUGCCACCUCCUUUGUUAUCGUGUCUCCUGUGUCGCUGAUAUUUUUCUCCUACGUGAGGAUUUUAACGGUUUGUUUCUCUGGCUCCAAGCAGACGAGACAGAAAGCCCUCAGCACCUGCACCCCCCACCUGCUCUCGCUGCUCAACUUCUCCUUCGGGGCUUGUUUUGAAAUCAUGCAGAGCAGAUUUAACAUGAGCAGCGUCCCCAACCUGUUGAGAAUCAUUUUAUCUUUGUACUGGCUCACAUGUCAGCCGCUCUUCAGCCCCUUGAUGUACGGACUCAACAUGUCCAGGAUCCGAAACAUCUGUAAACAUCUCAUCUUUGCUUCAACUGUCUUUUCUCCUUAA